GCAUCACCAACCAGCCGCUACGUCGCAAGCUCCACCUCCGGCACCGUCCAUCAAAUCCCGAGCCGAGCCAAAAGCGAUCGAGUCCAUAUCAGAGCAACCGACUCCUGUCCUUCCCACGUCCCAGAGACUCUGGAACGCCGCGUACAACAGCCUCGCGGAGGGCAAGGAUACCACAAAGCUUGUUGAGUCGUACAUGGAAACCCUGGACAAAGUUCUUGGGGAGAGGACUGGUGAACCCGCCGUCGACGUUUCCGCAACACUGAAAGACCCGAGCCAGCGGCAGGCGCAUAUGAGAAAGCUGGUAGAGGAAGGCCAAGCAAAAAUUUCCAGGCUGUCGAAUAUUACGCAGGGAGUCGGUGAUGCCGUCCAAUUCGUUCUCUCAGCCAAGGCCAUGGUGGACUUGGCGAUCCAGAACAUACCGCAAGCAGCGCUGCCGUGGGCUGGUGUCUGCAUUGGACUGCAGGUACGUAUCUGUACACGGCCGCCCAAUGCAGUAGAGUCCAACCUGGCGGGCAUCGCGCAUGUUAUCUCCCGGAUGGACUGGUAUUGCGCCUUGACCGAACAUAUCCUAAGCCAGAACAACAUUGUGGUAGGGAGGGAGAGUUUCAAGUCUGUCCAGCUUCAGUUGGAAAACAGGAUCGUUGAGCUCUACAAGGCUCUCCUUCUGUAUCAGAUGAAGAGCGUUUGCUCUUUCUACCGGCGUCAAACCUGGAUCGUUCUCCGCGGCCUUGCGAAGGUCGACGACUGGGAUGCCUAUCUGAAGAGCGUCAAAGACAUCGAGGCAACUCUUCAGGCCGAUUUGAAUCGGUUCAGCAGCGAGCAUACCAAGAGCCUCCUUGGGAAGCUUACCCACAAAGCUGUCCAGGAUGGCAACACUCUGCGCAAGGAGAUUCACCGAGAUGAGAAGGAUACGCAAUGCCUCCGAGACCUCCGCCUGACCGACCCGCGCGACGACAAGAAGCGCAUCCAAAACGCGAAAGGUGGCCUGUUACGAGACGCGUAUCACUGGGUCCUUAACAACUCUGAAUUCCAACAAUGGUGCAAAAGCCUGGACAGCAAACUGCUUUGGGUUAAGGGCGAUCCUGGCAAGGGCAAGACAAUGUUACUCUGCGGCAUUAUCGACGAGCUACAGAGAUUGACUUUGGGAACAGGCCCUCUAUCAUUCUUUUUCUGCCAGGCCACCGAUGAGCGGAUCAACAAUGCCCCCGCCAUCCUACGCGGCCUCAUCUACAUGCUCCUCGACCAGCAGCCAUCACUUAUCCCUCAUGUGCGGAAAAAGUACAAGCAUGCAGGAAAAGCACUCUUCGAAGAUGCGAAUCGAUGGGUUGCUUUAUCCGAGAUCUUCAAAAACAUUCUGCAAGACCCAAGCCUGGAGGGCGCCUACCUGAUCAUCGAUGCGCUCGACGAAUGCAUAAGCGGUCGGCGCGAACUUCUCAAAUUUAUCGUUGGGAUGACAUCUACAGUUCCUCAUGUCAAGUGGAUCGUCUCAAGUCGCAACGAGCCGGACAUCAUGGAAAGUCUAAAAGCCGCGGAACAGAAGACAAGGCUCAGUCUCGAGCUAAAUGAAAAGUCCGUCUCGUCUGCUGUCAGCAUAUAUAUUCAAUACAAGGUGGAUGAACUAGCGCAGCUAAAGGGAUACGACGACAAAACACAGCACGCUGUUCAAAACCACUUGACCUGCAAUGCAAAGAAUACAUUCCUCUGGGUGGCUUUGGUCUGUCAAGAACUCACAAAGUACUCACGGUCAAGGGUUCUCACCAAGUUGAACACGUUUCCACCAGGUCUUGGUUCUCUCUAUCAACGAAUGAUGGCUCAAGUUCGCCGCUCGGACGAGGCAGAUCUCUGCAAACAAGUGCUGGCUGUUCUCUGCAGUACUUACCGGCCUAUUACGAUACAAGAGCUGACGUCGUUCAUUGACAUAUCCGAGGACAUCUCUGACAAUCUAGAAUUCUUGACAGAGAUAAUAGGUCUCUGCGGCUCUUUUCUGACCCUUCGAGAAUCCAUCAUCUAUUUCGUACAUCAAUCGGCAAAGGAAUUUCUGUCGAAAGACGCAGUGGACGAGAUUUUCCCUUCUGGUGUGGCACUCUUACACUACGGUAUCUUCUCUCAAUCGCUACAUGUCAUGUCCACGGCCUUACGACACGACAUGUACGGCCUGGCUACCCCCGGAUUUCCCAUCGAAAAUGUCAACCAGCCUAACCUGGACCCGUUAGCAGCCGCACGCUAUGCUUGCGUCUACUGGGUUGAUCAUCUCUACAAUUGGCAGUCAAGCAAGAAUACCAAUCAUCCAGAUGUUUUCCAGGAUGGCGGUGUCAUCGAUAAAUUUCUGAGGCAGCACUAUCUCCACUGGCUUGAAGCUCUCUCACUUUGCAGGAGCAUGUCGCAGGGGGUG